AUGGUCAAAAAGGUCUGUAGACUAAGAUACCGCAAAGGCGAACCUCUGGGACUCACGAUAUAUCCUGCGCCAAACUUCGCCUCUCUCCCAUUUGAGGUUCGCAACAUGGUCUAUGACCUGCUUUUGAUUGACUCCGAGCCAAUUGUCGUCUACACCGAACCCUUACCAGAAGAAUAUCAUCGAGAGACCUAUGGGCCUCAGUCGAGCUCCAAAGUAGCUGCUGUGACAUUCGGAUUACUUCCUGUGAAUAGAAUGAUUUCCAUCGAAGCCGCAGCUGUCUUCUAUCAUCACAACGUCUUCUGUUUCCGCGGUCCACCCUCCCACCUGUAUGUAAAAGACCCCUGGGACCCUCUCUACUCCUUUCUCCGUGUUAUUGGACGCAGAAACCGAUCACACCUCCAAUACAUUGAAGCGGAAAUUUCAAGACCACAGGGAGUUUGGAAGGAUUUCGCUGGGUCAAACUCGUUGCCUGUCCAUUGUUCAUCCUGGAUGCGCAAAGUAUGUGCACGAGAACAACAUCCUCGAACAUAUCCCCCAAUGGUGGACCAGAGGGGCACAUCGUUCGACUAUGUUUCUCCUGCUAUUGAAGCUGUUUUCCGCAUUCUUGGUUCUGAAGGAUCGAGGUUACAAUUGUUACUACAAAAGGGAUUUACCCCCCUUCUUAUGGGGGAUGGAAUGUACAACGACUACGACUACGGCUACCGAUAUGGAUGGAGCGAGGAAGUUGUUGAUCACGUUGAACAAAUGAGAAGACAAUUUACCAAGUGUCCAAAUGGAGAUGGGCCUAGGGUCGACGUGCAAUGGAAAACCACGUUCUUCAAGUCGCAGUUUGAGCUAAAGGCUAGGGAGAUUGAAGACAAUGGUUGGGGUGUCUUGGAGAAGCAUGAUACUAUUGGACCACUUACGAAUAAUAGAUUCGAUGAUGAAAAGGAUCGCACGACCUGCGUUACAUUCCAAAGGAAAAGCAAAGCAAAUUUGGAAGCUUGUUAG